UGAGUGUGCGCGGACAUAUAUCCGUACCUUUCACGCGCAGCACCACGACUGGUUAUAUAUAUUUUUGCAACGAGAGGGACUAUUAUUUUAAACAGAAUUUUUACCGAGCUGUGGAGCUUUUCAUGCCUAGAUGUGUUUUUAGGACAACGCUUUUAACAACAAUAACACAGGUUAAGAAGUGAUUUCAAUGGUUGGAAGACAGUCGAUCCAUAUGGAUGGCAUUGGUUCUGUGACAGUUAUGGAUGACAGUCCCGCAUCAAGCCCUAACUCGAGCCCCAGUCCUGACACGCUCUCAGCGGACAGCAGGCGCAUAGAAGCCCUGUCCCACUCCACGGUGGUCCCGUCUAGUGGCCUCGGUGGCAGAGGAAGACCUGCGGCAGCCAACGCAGCGCGCGAAAGGAGUCGCGUGCAGACGCUCAGACAUGCGUUCCUCGAGCUACAGAGAACAUUACCGUCGGUGCCCCCGGACACCAAACUCUCCAAACUCGACGUCUUGAUAUUGGCAACCACAUACAUAGCGCAUUUAACAAGAACCUUGCAAGAGGAAGGGACGGAGGAGGACAACACAAAACAAACUGAAGCUUUGAACUCACUUAAGGGAGAUGGCUACUUGCAUCCUGUGAAAAAAUGGCCAAUGCGUUCAAGAUUAUAUAUCGGUGCCACUGGCCAGUUCCUGGGGAACUCGAGUGAAAAUCAAGGGGCAUCUUCGUCAUCAUCUCAAACAUAGAGCGUU